CAACUUCCGGUUGUGUUUGUGUUUUGGCGACGAGAGACAGCAGACAAGCAAGCAAAGCAGAUACCCUCUCCGCUGCAUGCCACCCAGCCAGUUCCCGCACGCCACCACCGCACACCAUUUUCCACCAACCAAACCAACUACCGAAGCAGAGGCACGCCACCGCUCAGCGAUUCACACGACAGCAAACCAUCUGUUCACAUCAGCCCUUGGCUUGAUCGAGCAACCACCACACCUACCACAACAAAUCACACAAUGUCUGGACAAGGCGUCACAAAGAGGCUGCGACAGGAGCUCAUGGGCAUCAUGAUGGCCAAGGAUGCAUCCAUGAAGGCGUUCCCUGAAGGCGACAACCUCUUCCAAUGGAAGGCCACCAUCGUGGGCGCUGAAGGCACCUGCUAUGCAGAUCUCAAGUACAAGCUGACCAUCAAGUUCCCAACAGACUACCCGUACACCGCGCCAACCGUGACCUUUGACACACCAUGCUUCCACCCCAACGUGGACACGCACGGCAACAUCUGCCUGGACAUUCUCAAGGAGAAGUGGUCGCCCUCGUACGACGUGCGCACGGUCCUGCUGUCCAUCCAGAGCUUGCUCGCAGACCCCAACGUCGACAGCCCGCUCAACUGCCACGCAGCAGAGCUGUGGUCAAACCCGGCCUUGUACAAGGAGAAGCUCAGCCGCCACUACGAGGAAAACGUGCGCAGCCGAGGCGUGUGCUAAUAAGCUCCUCACCGCCCCAGCGCCAGCACCAAACAAUGGCAGCAGCACCCGACCACGCUUGCUCAGUUACUCCCAUCUAUGACGCAGCACAAGGGCAACGAUGGCUGUUCACGUAACAGUCCCCCCCCUCUCUGUGGCGGAUCAAUUGCUGCCCCGACUGGUGUUUUGUGUCACAGCAACCCCUCUUCUCCCGUUUCUCCUCUCAUCUCCACCAUGUGUUUCCUUCCCUCGCCCCGCCCCCUCUUCUCUUCUCUUCUCUUCUCUUCUCUUCUCUUCUUCCCCGCCUUCUAAUCGGU